AUGUCGGUAUGUAAAGGAAAUUAUAAAGGAUAUCUUGAUUAUGAUUGUUAUGAUAAAUUAAAAUAUCAAUUUUUGGAAAGGACUGACCUGAGUACUUCUACAGGAUAUUCGACCUUUUACGAAAGUUACGAAUUUCUUGAUGCGGACAAAAAAGAAACUUUGUCUGAUAUAUUUUCUGAAUUACUAAGAUAUUUAAGCAAUACUCAUGUUUUUUGGGUAUAUGAUAGUGCACACAGUUGCAAUUAUAUUAGCUACUUGUUAUAUGAUGACAUAAGAAAAAAAUUUGGUGUGUUUGAAUUAUCUAGAUUUGAAAUAUUCCAAAAAUUUCUGCAAGAUCUCAAUAAGGAACAUACUAAUGUUGAUUGUGUUAAUGAACUAGUACACCUAGGCUCUGAUAAAUUUCAAAAAAUGCUAAGCUUAUAUAAUUUAUAUGAUUUGUAUCGUUCCGUUAGACAAAAAGACAGAUGGGUUCAUCGAUCAAAUUUAUGUAAUGAACUUGGAAAGUUAAUUUAUAAUUAUAAUGGAUUAGAUGAAAAAUAUUAUAAAAAUGAUGCGAAUUUACGUAAACUGUUAGAUGAUCUUAGACAUAGAAUUCAACAUGAUACGUGGCUGUCCAAUGUUAUCUGUCAUGAGAAAUUAUCAAAUUUGCAGCCAAUAAAAACCGUUCCCACAGAGACGAAAUCGCUGAUGUUAAAAUCAGAAUUCCAAGUGUAUCAGAAAUACAAGAACAAGAAGAAAAUCUACGAAAAGAAGUUGAAACCUUACCAGGACCAAAAAGAGAAUUAG